AUGAAUAUCAGAAAUACAUUAGUUUUAUUAGUUUCAACAGUUUUGGUUUUAAUGUCUUGUUCCAUUGGUUGUUAUGCUGGUAGUCCAAAUUGUGUUGGUGCUCCAAGUGGUCAAGUUUACAUUUUUUCAAGUUGGGAUUUCCAAGGUGACCGUUAUGUUUAUAACAUUUCACAAGGUCAAACCACUUUACCAGAUUCAUUCAUUCAUAAUGUUCAAUCAUUUACAAGUGGUAGUGAAAUUUGUUUUGCAAGUUGUAAUCCAUUAGAAACCUAUCAAAUUAGUGCUGGCCAAUCACAUAGAAACUAUGCCGCUCUUGAAAAUUUCGGUCAAAGAAUGAAUUUAAUUAUUCCUGGAAAUUGUUCAAAUUUGGUUUGUCCUUCAAAUUAA